AAAAAAAUUAAAAAAAUUAAAAUUUUUGGAGGGUAUAUUUCAGUGUUUCAGUACAGAGUAGCAGUAGUAAUGAUCUGCUACAUCACCUUCGCUUAAACUCCCAAGAUAUUAUGCGCUGAAGUGAUAUCUUGUGCUGAAGGUUUUGUUAAGUCAAUUUUGGCCUCUCAACAAUGGGGAAAUCACCUGGAAAGUGGAUAAAGACUGUAAUUUUUGGGAAGAAACCAUCCAAAUCCAAUUUUGCCAAGGGUAAAGAGAAAUCCACCAACGAGAAAGAGGUGCAUGUUCGUGUUAGGGCUCCUGAAACUGAAUCAACUGAUAAUGAUGCUAAUCCUCCAGAGGUAUCAAGUGCUGCUAUAGAUGCAGUUCAUGUGGAUGACCAAAAUUUAAGCUCAGAGUACGAGGAGUCUUCUCUUGGCCAGGCAGAUGGGGAUAUACCAGUAUCUGGAGAUCAAUGCACUGAUCCAAAACCGACAGAGGAAACAGAUAUGUUAACUGACGAGGAGAGAAUAGAGUUAGAAAUGGCUGCAACUAAGACACAGGCUGCUUUUAGGGGCUAUCUGGCUCGACGUGCAUUCAAGGCCCUGAAAGGCAUUAUAAGGCUUCAGGCUCUUAUUCGUGGACAUUUGGUGAGGAGACAAGCUGUUUCAACCUUGUAUUGCAUUAUAGGAGUUGUCAAGCUGCAAGCGCUUGUUCGUGGAUUAAAAAUUAGGUGUUCUGAUGCUGGCCUUGAAGUCCAGAAAGUCUGUAUAGUGAAGCCUCUGGAUGGCAAAGUUGGGGUUCAUGGAGACAUGUCUGCUGGCACCUCAAGCUUGUCAGUGAAUGCAUUUACAAAAAAACUUCUAGCUCCAUCACCUGCAGUGAUGGCUCUGCGAGUCCAAUAUGAUGUGACAGAUUCAAAUUCAGUCCAGAAUUGGUUGGAAAGAUGGUCAAUAUCCUGCCCUUGGAAACCAGUCUCUCCCCCUAAGAAAGUCACUAACUCAAAGGUCCAGAAAAAGCAAGGGAACUCACUGGCCAUUGAUGGGGAUACAGGUAGGCCUAAGCGCAGUGUUCGCAAGGUUCCUUCUCUUUAUGAUAAUGUGUCAGCUCAGACCACCUCUGAAAUAGAGAAACCACGGCGAAAUCUGAAGAAAGUUGUAAGCCAGCCAGCAGAUUCUGUACAAGAUAAUCCGCAGUUCGAGCUUGAGAAGGUUAAACGUAGCCUUAGAAAAGUUCACAACCCUGUGUCUGAAACCCCUGGUCAGCCUCAGACUGAGAUAAUUGAGAAGCCAGUUCAGAUCCAAGGGAAAGUAACUGCAUCCGUUGUACAGGCUCGGACAGAGGUAAUUGAGAAGCCAGUUCAGAGCCAAGGGAAAGUAACUGCAUCCAUUGUACAGGACGUUUCGGUUCCAAAUGAGGUCAAUGUUGUUCAGAAUACCAAAGAAGAGACCAGCAUGACUGUUAAGGAAGAGCCUAUUGUUUAUUCUAAGCCAGACGAAGAGGAGACAACUGAGGAGCCGUUAGAGACAAGUCAGUCUGCUGAAUUCUCAAACGAUGAUGGAACCCUGGUCAAAUCAGAGUCUUUUGAGAAUGACAAGGAUGAAAAUACUCCUGUGCCAAAUGGUGUCUUGAAAACUAAGGAGGAUUCCGCAUCAAACGAAAAUCAGAAAUCCAAUAGGAGGGCUUCUUUUCCCGCAAAACAGGAGCAUGAGGAUGGCUUGCAGAAUACUCCGAAGCUUCCUAGCUAUAUGCAAGCUACCCAAUCUGCCAAGGCAAAGUUAAGAGCACAGGGAUCCCCUAAAAUUGUACAAGAUGAAGCUGAGAAAAACAAUGCGACCAGACGUCAUUCACUCCCAUCUGCACCAAAUGGGAAAGUCAGCUCAGUGUCACCAAGGACACAGAAACCGCUUCAAGGUAGUGGUGGAAAGAGUGGAAACAAAACUGAGAAAUCUUUGUUAUCUUCUAGAGAUGGAAGUGCGAAGUCUGGCCAAGCACAAUGGCGAAGGUGAUGGCAUUGCGGACAUGACUCAGGUUCAAUCAUGGUCAAGGUUAAAGUUUCUUUGCAGUUUGUGAUGUGGCCCUUAGUUAUGUUGUUAUUUAGGUUAAGAACUUACUGGGACUUACUAAUAUAUUUGGUGUGGAUACCAUAGCAGCUUUCUUGUGUAAGUUGGGUGCCUUUUGAGUGAAUGUAAAUUGCAGGCUUCACUGUUUUCAUUCUGCCUAGUAAAUUUAGCUUUAUGAACUAUGUUGUCUUGUCUCAUUGUGGAAUUUGCAGUAUUAAGGUUGUGUAUAGUCUAUACUCUUUCGAGUUCGUUCUUCCUCCA